AUGACUCUUCCCCAGCACAGCAGAAGACUUCUCAGAGAAAAGAACAGCAAGACCACCUUGCAGCGCAUUCUCGGGCGCUACGCCCCAACCAACGAUGCAAAGAUCAACCCACAAAGCUUUACCUCGUUCAAGGUGAACAAGAACACCUCAACUAACCAAGACAGAAUGAGCAACAUGCGUGUUGCCACGAAGAAGAACGCCAAGCGCCUUUUGCACUACUGCAGCGUUUUGCUUCAGCAACAAGCACAGCCAGAGUUUGAAAUCCUCACUGACCGCUUGGGAUACCAGUAUUUGGUCCCCAUCGAGUUUUUGGGCAAUUUCAAGCGCUUGCCUCCAUAUAUUCCCCAGACUCAGUUUAUGGCGACUAGUGCUUUUCAGCAGGAAGCUGUGGGAGCUAUUCAGAUGGAGCCUCAAGCUCAGCAAUUGCCUCCUCAGCAAUUGCCUCCAAUUCAGCAAUUUGUGGAGCCCGCUUCACAGCUUUUGCAGCCCCUGCCCUGUUCCCUGGGAUUGGCUAUGGCAAGGUCGUUUCCUCAAAAUUUCGAACCACCGCUUCUGGUUCCAACCGACGAUAUGGAGUCUGACGAUGAGUUCGAGAGUCCAACGCCAGAGCCCCUUUCCCCCGUGGAGCAGCUUUCUGAAGUUCAGAACCGCCAGUUGAUGGCCGCUUUCCAGCACUUUGUUCCAGAACAUGAAAGGUUGUCUCCACAGCAGGUGAGAUGCAUCAUCACGGAGAACGAGCAAACGGUGCCUGGCUUCGACGAAUCCUUGGAAUUCUUGAGCUACCUUCAAGUGCCAGAGUUCGAGAAUGCUUCUGAAGAGGAGGAGACCUCUGAAACCUCACCGGAGGUUGCACCUUCCCAAAAUGGAGCUACCGUCUUCAGCAGCUUCUGCACUGGGCCUUCCGAAAUUCCAGCGUCUCCGCAAGACCCCGAGUGGGAUUUUGGUACAGAGCACGAGGAAAACGCCGCUUCCAUUGUAAGCCGUUCUCACAAGCUGCCCAAGAGCGAGGUGCUCCGCAAGUUCAAGAACAAGCUUAUGGCACGAGCCUGGAACGCUUCAGAAAUUGAGUUUCUGAGCCAGUUCCUCCAGCGGGCUCCACCAAAGUCGAUUCUUCGAAACGGCCCAAAGCAGGCGGUGGUCGAAUGUGAAUCGGGCUUGUGUACGCCUAGGCAGCUGCCUUCUGUUGGUCACGCCGUUAUCGACGAAGAGGUGAUCAACAAGCUCGGCACCAUGAAGCUUGGCGAGUCUUCCCCAGCCAAGAAGGUCCGGUUUGCGAAGGAGAUGGAAAGCCACAAGUACAUUCCUUCGAGACACUCGACCGAGGUGGCCUGA